CUAUUGUCCAAACUUGUUUGUUAUGUAACAAUGAUUCCUAAACAUUUAAUUGUGUAUGUAUUUAUGGUUGUACUUAUACUCACAGAUGCACUUUUUGUACGAUUUGGACGGAUUAGGAAACGGAAAAAACUUCAGCAUGAGAAAAAAUACUACAGUCAAGUCCCUUGUCAGCCGGUAGAACUGUUGAUGUCUGUCAAAUCAGGAGCAGAAUGAAGGGGAGGGUGAACUCGCCAUGUAUUUCACACGAAGAACUACACCUUGGCCUCGACUCAAAGUGUCUAUAGAUCCUAGCGUGGAAACUCACUAUAAUAGAAAGUUUAUGAAGGAUUACUUUAUAAAGCAGGCACACUUCGAGAAGGCAAAACAAGAAAAAAAACUGAGAGCUCUUCAAAAUAAGCGGAACCGCACAUUUACAACUUCUCCCAUAAAUAUUUAAUGCAGCUUAAAAUGUCAAGCAAAGUAUUUGUACUCGUAUAUGUGUGGUCAAUAAAAGUAUACUUUCUUUUACCUA